AUGUUUGCCGCGGGGUCCUUCAACAGCAUCGCGCUCUGCGACCGCAUGGGCUGGGCGCACGCCAAGGCCCGCGCGGAGGUGGGGUCAAUCCUGGGCCUGGCCUGGUCCCCCGACGGCAUGCAGCUGGCAGGCUGCGGCGGCGGCGGAGGUGUGGUGUUUGGGCGGCUGGUCGACAUCCGAUUGGAGGACAGGCGCGUGCACGCGCUCCUGGAGGACGAGCGGCGGAUCCGCGUGCAUGACGUGCUGGGGGAGACGCAGGAGCUGCUUGAAUUCAGGGACCCCGUGGUCAAGGUGUCACUGGGCUACGGCCACCUGGUGGUCGCGGCGUCGGCGCAGUGCCACAUCUACAGCACCUCCAACUUCAACACGCCCCACAUCUUCGACCUGCAGCAGCCACUGCACCUGCUCCUGCAGUGCGAGCGCUCCAUGCUGCUCUGCGACGCGGCGUCGGGCAUGCAGGUGGUGACGUAUGACGGCCGCGUGGUGUGCAGCCCGAAGGCCGCCGGCAUGCGGCAGGAGCUGCUGUCCGCGCAGAUGGUCAGCCUCAGCCCCGACACGCUGGCGGCGAUGGACGGGCCGGGGGGCAGCAGCGUGCGGUUGUUCGACACCGCGCAGGGCCGCCAGCAAGGGGAGCCCGUAGCUCAUGGAGUGGAGAUUCGACAAGUGGCACUCAGCCAGGCCGGCACAGUGGCGGAGCGGCUGCUGGCCAUAGUGGACUCCAACAGGGACCUGACCCUCGUGCAUGUGGCGCGCCGAGCAUCCUCCAAGCUGGCCUCCAACGUCGACGCGGCCACGUGGCACGACGCGUGCCCCAUGCUGGCGGCCGUGGUGGACGGGAAGCUGGUGGUGUGGCACCACCCGGGGGUCGCAUUUGUCGACCCAGGGCUGCUGGAUGCAACGCGCGCCACGCGCGGGGACAGCAACUUUGGGCCAGGCGCGCAGGUGUCAGAUUUCUUCGGCGGCAAUGUCCUGGUGGCGCGCGCUGAUGGCGCGCGGGUAGCUGCGUGGGUGCCACCCCACCCGGCCAUGCUCUAUGAGCUGGUGCGGGGCGCGCAGUGGGACAAGGCAGCGCGCCUGUGCAGGUUUGUUGGUGACCCCAGCCUCUGGGCGGUCCUAGCUGCCAUGGCAGUGGGUGCCGGCGAGCUAGCAGUAGGCGAGGCGGCGUUCGCCGCCAUCGGCGCCGCUGAUAAGCUCAUGUUUGUGCAGCGCUGCGGGCAGCUGCGAAGCACCCAGGCUCGCGCAGCGGAGUUGGCGCUUUACCGGCGGCAGCCGGCAGAGGCUGAGGCGCUGUUGCUGCAGGCGGGCCUGGUUUACCGGGCAGUCAAGCUCCACAUCCGCAUGCAUCAAUGGGCCCGUGCACUCGAGCUGGCGCAGAAGCAAGGGCAGCACGUGGACACGGUGCUGCUCCACCGCCGCCGCCACUUGCAGCGGUGCGGCCAGCAGGAGACGCUCGAGCCGUUCCGCAAAGCUGCGGCCGAGGUGGCAGUCGAUGAGGAGGGCGUGAUGCGGCGCGCGCACGAAGAGAGGCAGCGGGAGCGGGAGGGGGGCAGCGGACCACCAACAGAAAUUUUACAUCGGAGUCCGUACAGCGCGAUAGCGUUCGACGAGGAGAUCGUCGCCCACCGCAUCGCAAACAUGGCUGUCGAGCUUAAGAAGGAGCAGGGUGCUAGCGGUCGUGAGUUCAAGGUCAAGGACAUCAAUGAGGCCGAUUUCGGUCGUCUCGAGAUCGAGCUCGCUGAGGCCGAGAUGCCCGGCCUGAUGGCGUGCCGCGACGAGUUCGGCCCCAGCCAGCCCUUCAAGGGCACCCGCAUCGCCGGCUCCCUGCACAUGACCAUCCAGACCGCCGUGCUGAUCGAGACCCUGGUGGCCCUCGGCGCCGAGGUCCGGUGGUGCAGCUGCAACAUCUUCUCCACCCAGGACCACGCCGCCUCGGCCAUCGCGCGCGACUCCGCCAGCGUGUUUGCCUGGAAGGGCGAGACCCUGGAGGAGUACUGGUGGUGCACCGAGCAGGCGCUGACCUGGCCCGACGGCGAGGGCGCCGACCUGCUGGUCGACGACGGUGGCGACGCCACCCUCAUCAUCCACGAGGGUGUGAAGGCCGAGGCCGACUUCGCAAAGGACGGGACCGUGCCCGACCCCAACUCCACCACCAACCCCGAGUUCAAGAUCGUGCUCUCCAUCAUCAAGGAGACCCUGAAGACGGACCCCACCAAGUGGACCCGCAUGGCCAAGAAGAUGCAGGGCGUGUCUGAGGAGACCACCACCGGCGUGAAGCGCCUGUAUGAGAUGCAGGACGCCGGCACCCUGCUUUUCCCCGCCAUCAACGUGAACGACAGCGUCACCAAGUCCAAGUUCGACAACGUGUACGGCUGCCGCCACUCGCUGCCUGACGGCAUCAUGCGCGCCACCGACGUCAUGAUCGCCGGCAAGAUCGCGUUCAUCGCGGGCUACGGUGACGUGGGCAAGGGCUGCGCCAGCGCCAUGAAGGCCGGCGGCGCGCGCGUGAUCGUGAGCGAGAUCGACCCCAUCUGCGCGCUGCAGGCGUCCAUGGAGGGCUACCAGGUGCUGCCCCUGGAGGACGUGCUGGAGACCGCCGACAUCUUCAUCACCACCACCGGCAACAAGGACAUCAUCAUGGCCGAGCACAUGGCCAAGAUGAAGAACAACGCCAUCGUCGGCAACAUCGGUCACUUUGAUAACGAGAUUGACAUGGCCGGCCUCUACGACUACCCCGGCAUCAAGCGCCAGAACAUCAAGCCCCAGGUGGACCGCUUCAUCUUCCCCGACGGCCACGGCGUGAUCGUGCUGGCUGAGGGCCGCCUGCUCAACCUGGGCUGCGCCACCGGCCACCCCAGCUUCGUGAUGAGCUGCUCAUUCACCAACCAGGUGAUCGCCCAGCUGGAGCUCUGGAACGAGCGCAACAGCGGCCGCUACGAGAAGAAGGUGUACGUGCUGCCCAAGCACCUGGACGAGAAGGUGGCCGCCCUCCACCUGCCCAAGCUGGGCGUGAAGCUCACGCGCCUGACGCCGUCGCAGGCGACCUACAUCAACGUGCCCGUCGACGGCCCCUACAAGCCCCCGGCGUACCGCUACUAG